UGAAUACGAAUGAAGCAAUUCCUUGAAAUACUCUACAGUUUUAUAGUUAUUGCAAUCGCAACUUAUUACCAACUGUCAAUACAAAUAAAGCGAAGUAUGUCAUUUAAACACAAAAUAUUUAACGAAGAAUAUAAGCGCGGCGAACAUUUUGAACUAUUUGCUUCAAAAAAAUAUUUGCAACGGCGGAGUGAGCAUCGAUAGGGGUGCAUAUGUUUUUAGUUUUAACAUUUACUUUCAGUUUUAUAUAAUCUAUACUAGUUUUGGUGAUAAAAAACUUUGUCUAACAUUACAUAUUAAUUUGAUUAAAAAACAAUAUAAUGGAUGCACUUGUAGGAAUAUCAAAAAUUACAGUCGACGAGAAUGAUGCAGAAAAGUACAACAGAACUAAAAAGGUUCAACCAGCCGCUGAAAAAAUGAAGCGCGCUGCUUUAGGUGAUCUGCAGAAUCGUGCAGUAUUGCGCCCCAUUUCUGGGAAGGAUGCUGUACAAAAAAGCAAUACUACAAAUGCUAAGCUGCAGGCUGCCCUACGCGGCACCAAAGCACGUGUUGAUAGUCGUUGGAAGAAAACUACAGCCAGUUCUACAAACAACGCAGCUGAGUUGGAAAGCAAUACUAUAGACCAACGAAAAGUUAUAACCCGUUCAAAUUCUGUACGUUUGGGUAUCAAUGUGCCUGCAGAGCAAAAAGUCAAGACGUUGGCAACAAAAGCGGUAGAAAAUAAACAACAAAAGUUGGAAGUUGCCAAAAUAAAAACAACGGAUGUUGAAAAAACCCAAACAGUUUCCAUUGUGCCUAGAUUACGUGGAGAAGAUAGUCAGUUAUCGCAAAUAUCACUGAAUAAAAUGAAAUCAACUAUUUUGCGUGAUACAAACAAAGUAAUAAACCAAAAUAGCAAGCCAACAGCUAUAGUACAAGCACAGCAAACAAAUGGAGAUGUGGGAAGUGUUGCUGUUGAGACCACAACAAAACAAGCACGAGGAAAUGAAAAGAUUGCUUCACGACACUGUGCAUUACUUAAACCUCUAUCGCAUUCCAGCAAACUGAUUAGUGCCAUCGAAGAUAUAGAUGCAAACGAUGCAAAUACAUUAAUACUUAUUUCUGAUUAUGUUAACGAAAUUUAUGAUUAUCUGUACUCUCUGGAGGACAAAUUGGCUAUUACCGAAAAUCAUCUUGAAGGUCAAAAGGAAGUCUUUCCAAAAAUGCGUGCAAUACUUAUGGAUUGGAUAAAUGAAGUACAUUAUCAAAUACAUCUAAUAUCUGAAACAUUUCAAAUGACGGUAGCUAUCAUUGAUCGUUAUUUGCAAAAUGUUAAGGAUACAAAACGUUCAGAGUUACAACUUGUAGGAGUAACAGCUUUGUUUAUUGCUACCAAGUUUGAAGAAUUGUAUCCUCCUCCUUUAAGUGAUUUGAUAUACACUACCGAUAAUACGUACACAGCUAAACAGAUUUUACAAAUGGAGUUAAAAAUCUUUCAAGCAAUCAACUGCGAUUUAUCGCGACCAUUGCCAAUACAUUUUUUGCGUCGAUUUUCAAAAGCAGCCAAAGCUGAAGAUAGACAUCAUACAAUGUCCAAGUACUUUCUAGAACUAGUUUUAGUUGAUUAUAAUAUGGCAGCGUAUAAGCCAUCUCAGGUUGCUGCAGCCUCGUUAUUCUUAGCACUACAUUUACUCAACGGAAAUGCAAGAGCAGCAACUGGCUUUAAUGACGCACAUUGGACUCCAACUUUACGUCAUUACUCACGCUAUAGUGCAACUGAUUUACGUCCAAUAACUAUGAAGAUCGCUGCUAUAGCAAGAAAUGCUCCGAACGCUAAGUUAAAAGCUGUUUACUCUAAAUAUCAAUCGACAAAGUUCGAUAAAAUUUCGCUUCGUUCCGAGCUCUACGGUGCACUGAUGGACUCUAUAAUUAAUAGCAAGAAAUAGUUUUCCAAAACUUAUUUAUUUUUAAGUUAUUUUAAUAUUUAAUUUUAGCAAAAUUUGUUAAUUUAUUUUUUUAUGUACUGUAUUUCGUACUAUAUUUUGCAUGGUUUUUGCUUUGUUAUAUU